UCAUCAUACACUAUAUUGAACCUGUGCGAGCGUGCGAAAAAUAAUACCAGGCGAGUUUGGUAUUGAGAAGGUCGUCUGCUAGUACCAGAUGUAACUCGAUUAUCGCGUGUGUAGCACGCGCAUAUUAAUAUUGCUGUCCGAAGCCCAAGUUCAGCGGGUAAUAGUACUAAAUAUCCCCUGCCCUGUUUGACUUUGAUCAGUGUGGAUCCUGAAGCGGAUAAUAAGGAUAUCAGGAAAUAGAAACGGAUAGCUACCAGGAGAUAUCGUAUGGAUAUUGCUGAAAAAGUGAAAACUUGUAUAGAAUUUCUUUGAGGAAGAGAGGACAACGUCGCGAUAAGGCGACUGGAAACCAACGUACUGACAAUCGCAUCUCCCUAGCAGACGACAUAACCAACAGACGACAGACUGCAUGCACAGACGGUCGACGAGGAGAAUAAGUCGAGGGAAAGACUGGGCAAAUAAUUAGGCGGGAAAUGAGACAUCAGCGUAACAUCUCCCAUUAGACAGCUCCACCCCGGGAUGAUAAUAAUACUAUCUACCGCUGUGACGUCAUAAUGCUCUGUUCACGCUGGUGAAGUCAAGCACCAAGGUCAACCUACUUUUGAAAAGACAAUUCUAAACAGACGAUAUCCUGUCAGACAAGACUGGGCCAGCUAAUUGCAACAAUCUGUGCUACCGGGUAUACUCAGACAUCGGCAUCACCCAUAUCCAGGGAGUUCAAAAUUGAAACGGUUAUUUUGCUUUAACCCUGACCCCGGAAACUUGGCGUUGAACGUCUCAUUACACUAUUAAUGGAACACUUUCUCCCUGUACUGGUAUAUGAGGUAUCAAUUACCACCAUCAUACGUUGUAGCAGUGAUUUAUGACCGGCGUUAGACUUCAAGAGCUGGUCAUUAAGGAAGUUCACUUUCGCCUAGCAGCGAGCAUUUCUAUCGUUGACCAAGCUGGUUACUGAACCUCGAAGAGGAAAUUCCUGCUUUGAACAAGGACUUUAAUUACCAAGUACUUGAGAUAAAUAUUUUCUGGUUUUGAAAUCAUAUAUUAGCCUUCUUGAUUGAAGUUGGGGGUAUUUUCUUCUUCUUCAGUGUUUUGGAGUAAACAUUCAUUAUGUCGACGCAGUUAGAUAAUCGAUUUGGAGGGCAUGCAGCGCCACCAACGGUGACCCGAGAAGAUAUCCGACAGAUUGAACUGUUCUUCUGCAGUCUCAAAAGCAAGGUCUAUGUGUGCCCCGCCCUUUGCAACUUGUACUUUGCUUCUUUGGAAGAAAUGGCGAAUCUUGGUGGCUGGGAGCUACAGACUACUGGCUUUCCAACGUUGAUCUUCGAUACAGGCGCACUUAGACGCACUCCCAGGCUGCAACUGUGCAUCGCUGAGAAAGGCACUGGUUUUGUCAAAUGGAAAGAGGACCUUGGUUUGAAAACCAUGUACAAAGCACCUGGUGACAAGUUCCAUACCAUCACACUUUCUUCGGAUUCGAGACGGAUCGCCGGAUUGAGUUUUGACGAUCAAAACGCGGCCGCGGAUCUCUUACGCACCGCUGAGUCUUGGUUGCAGGAAAAAUGUGCGAUGGAUCGUGAAAGUGCAGCCGAUGCCGAUAAGAAAAAGAAAAAGAAGAAAUCUAAAUCGGUAAAGGUCAUCCUACCGAGGAAAGAAACAAUAUCACUUCCGUGUCAAUUUGAACACAUUACCCGUAUUGAUUCAAAGAAUAUCAGCCGCAAACUCAACUCCGCACAAUCAAUGGAUGUGAACGACUCAGAAGAAGCCUACGAUCAACAUGCGCGGAUAGCCACGUACGGAAAAACGAAACAGACGUCUUGUGGCUAUGCAGAAAGCACGUCAACGGAAGAUUCUGGACUCGAUGAAAUAUUUACAGAACAAAUAUGAUUGUGACAAGCAGAAGUUAACCUUAAAGGAAGAAUUAAAGACAAUUUUGUAAUCGAAUGUAUAUAUGUAAAAAACGAUGUACAGAUUAUAUUUCAAAACAUAUAUGCAUUAAGCAUUUUUAUAAAAGAUUUGUUUUUCUGUCAUGUAACUUCGUACAGCAUGUCACGGCAGAUUUGGUACUGUCCUUUGAAGGGUGAUCGUCUCUUUAAAAUUAUGAAGGAAAGCAUUAAUUUAUGAUGUUAUGUCUAUGCCAGCGUGUUAUGAUAGGUAAAUUCGACAUAAACAGAAAAAGGUGAUGCUAUUUUAUUCGUAAUACCUCGGUCACAUUUGAUCAUUCUAACUCUUUUAUUUGUCCUUAUUUUUUCGUAUUACUUAUUUGAAAGAUCAUAGGGGAUAUUAGUGCUCCCUGUGGCACCACCCCUGCUUGCAAGUAGUCUGCUGUGCAAGCCCUUCACUCGCGUAAAGGGUCUGAAUUGCAGCCUACUCAUGCCUUGUGUACUGAGGUCCCCCCUCACAGCAAGUUUUGUAUGUGCUAGUCUUUGCGUGGAGACACACUUGUUGGUCAAAGUUUCAAUCAGGUCUGUGCCUGCAGACUAGCUUGCAAGUACUUACGCUCCGCCAUUAUCAACUUGUAGAUUAUUUUCUACCCCGACCAUUUUCGUUGGGCAAUGAAUAUAGGCCUGUAUGUAUGCAUUUAGGUUAUAUUUGCAGGGGGAGGAGUGUCUUUAUAAACGCGAUAAUGUGAGAGUCGUAUAGCUAAAUUACGAUGUCGUCAAAAUGAUUAAUGAUGUUAUGAUAACGCAUCGAAAUGGAAUUAAUUGUCUUUAUGCAAUGAGAGGAGAUCAUUAACGCACAAACUUAUUAAAAAUGAAUAGUAACGUUUAUUGCUGUAUCAGUAUGGUUGUGCUGGUGUAUAUUAUGAAGGAUGAUCAUUAAUAUAUCUUUAAAGAAUUUUAAUGGUAGGCUCAUUGUAUGGUAUAAUGAUAAACCUGAUGAAAUUCCAUCGAUAGGGCGGGAAAUCGAAUCGUCAGGACUGCAAAUCGCCAGACCUGUCAAUGUUGUAUUACGUGAUUAUAAUUUGAGCACCAUUGCAAUAGACACACUGGGUUUUUUCAACGUAAUGACAGAAUAUUGAAAUUGUGUAAUAAUUGACUCGUUUGCUUCGUUCGCUUAAGUUAUUAAAUGAACUAAUAAUGCAUCAU